UCACCCCGCCCUAUCCCCCCAUCCCCGGCGGCAACAAGCUCCCGCCGCUGCAGGAGCGGUACCGAGCCGAUGUCGAGUGGGUGCGCUCCACUGGGCGCGGCCCCGAGCCCGCCAUCGUCUGGGGGCGCCCCUGGUCCAUCACACCCAUGGCGCAGGACCCGCUGCAGGACGGGGAAGUGGCCAGCCUGCCGCCGGGGGCGCCCUGGGUCAGCCGGCUGCCGAAGGACGCCGUCGCAGGGGGGCUGUGA